CAGUAUUGUAGUAUACUACUAACACAGAAGAAGACUGUUACUAAUAAAGUAAUCCGCUAGAAGCAACGUUUUUGUCCAUGUUUCGGUGGAGAUUGUUGUUUUAGUUCAUGUUUCAUUUGUGCUUUUAGUUAUAUCUUAUUUUAUUCUGCAAACUUCAUAGACAGAGAUGAGUGAGGUGGAAUUGUCCUGCCUAGCUUAUGUGAAGAUGUACCUGCAUGCCAGCCUGUUUCCGCGCUCCAGUGUGAAUGGGCUACUGUUAUCUUCAAGUCUGGAAGAAGGAUCUGUGUGUGUUACUGACUGUGUGCCUCUGCUGCAUUCCCAUCUCCCGUUGGCUAUGAUCAGUCAGCUAGCUCUUACACAGGUGGAUGUAUGGUGUUCACAAACACAGCAAAGGAUUGUGGGAUACUAUCAAGCCAAUGCCUGUUUAUCAAAUAGCAGCCCUACUCCAGUUGCUUUCAAAAUGGCAGAGAAGAUUGUGGAGCACUACAGUAAUGCAGUUUUACUAAUGAUUGAAGGAAGAAAGAUGUCAUCAGGAUACCGGGUUCCUCCAAUAGUUGUGUAUGAGCAUAAAGACUCCCGUUGGACCCUAAAAGACAAGCACAAAAUAAUGCUUCGGCAGUGGGAAGAGACUCGUUCAAUUGCCGAUCAGUUAUUGAAGUCAAAUGAUCACACAAUACUGGUGGAUUUUGACAGCCAUUUGGAUGAUAUAACAAAGGACUGGACCAAUCAGAAGCUCAAUGCCAAGAUAAUGGAGCUUGCCUCACCAGCUAAUGGAAACAUGUAAAUUGGUGUGGCAAUAUCAAACUCUAUGUAACCUUUAAAAAAUGAUUUUAACAACUUCUAACAUUUGUGUAUUUGUAAUAUUCAUGUCACAACUACACUUAGUCCAAGUCACUUAAUUAAAAGGUAUUUAUUUAGAACAGAAAAUGUACAUGAAAGGUUCCACUUUACUAAAGCCUUUUCACAUAUUGCAGAUGUUUAGUACAGAAAUGUUCAAUCUUCCUUUACAAACCAUACUAUGCAUUGACUAACUAUCAGAGUUAUGUAUCACUAUAUUAUAAUUGGGGGCUAUUGUUAAUAUUUAUGAACAGCAAGAACCAUGUUUUGUUUAUAGAAUAUUUACAAUGUUAUAAUAACUAGAGAAAUUUGGGGUCCUUUUGUAAAGUUAAAAAUUAUGUAAUUAAAAUUCUGUCCUUGAUUAUAGAAAUUGCACUGCCCUUCAGAGCCCCUUCAGAGCAAAUGAGCAAGAGUUGCUGUUUAUGAUGCAAAAAUAUUUUUAAAAUAAUGUAGGUUGUCCACUGUCAUACUUAUUUUGUAUGCUCAUGAUUGUUAUAUAACCUUAUGUAAUGGCAUUUCAUAGUGGAAACAGUUGUGUAAUAAUUUUCCUAGAAAAGCUUUGAAAUAUUUAUUGCCAUCUUAAAUACACUGGGCUUCUUUGACUAGUAGCAUGAGUCCAUCUUCUCUUAUUUGUUUGUUGAAGAGGUGUGAACACAGCAUGGAAUGUGAACAUUUAAUGAAAAUAACUAUAUUCCUCAGAAUCAUUUUCCCUUGCUUGUACUCUGUCUAGGCUUUGAUCCAUUACAGAAUGGAAGGUGGUGUGGUGGACGAUUUAAUAGUAACCGAUUGACAGUAACAAUGGCUAAAAGUUAUGGUAACAGGUGUGGAGUGUGAAAGAAACAGAACAGCAACACAAAAUGAAUAAUUAUCCAGUAUAUUUAUUUGUUAUAUUCUUGAGUAGGGUGACAUACCUACCCAAAAUAAAAAUGUAAACAAAAAAAGACAGUCACUUCCCUAACUCUCUAAUUAUACAAUAAACCUAUACAAACAUUGGCAACCAA